AGGCGCAUUCCUCCAUCACUUUUAAAUUUGUGUAAACUUUUUUACUUAAAAAGACACUGCACGACUCUGCACUUUCUUUCCUUUUCUUUUAUCAUUUGAAAAGCUUCUCUGCUCACAAAAUACAAAACCAAAGACUCCUUUUCCAGUUCUCCCCCACCCUCUGCUGUCAAACAUUUCUCCGACACCAUGUCUCCAAUGAGAUAGGAGAAGAAUUCUUGGUUUUCUUGGGAAAAAAAAUUGAGUCUUUGCAAUUGAAGAUGACAUGUUUAUCCAGGCUUUGAUAAUCGAGGAUAAGGGGUCGCAAUUUGUGAGAGAAAGAGAAAGUGGGUAAGAUAGAUAUAAGGUAUGGAAUCACCACAGAGCCCAGGGCAGCAAAUACGAUCGGUGACGGAUAUGAGAGGGAAGCAUCGGAUUUCAGCUGAAUUGAAGCGGCUAGAGCAAGAGACUCGAUUCUUGGAGGAAGAACUGGAAAAGCUGGACAGAAUGGAAAAGGCCUCGGGUGCUUGCAAGGAGAUGUUAAAAAUGGUGGAAACAAGAGCAGAUCCACUACUCCCCCAAACGAAUGGUCCAAUAAAUCCUUGUUGGGACCGGUGGUUUGAGGGACCCCAGGAUGCAUCUGGAUGUAGAUGUUUGAUACUGUGAUCAAGGGACCCUUGCCUCAUUCCUUCAAUUUCAUCAAUUUGUACCUCACACAACUACUCCGUAUGUUGUAGUCUGAUAGAUAUCAAGUUUGAAUUGUCUCAUAUCAAUGUGCAGAAAAAUGAAUUAUUGCUGUCUUUUUUUCUUUUUUACAUUCUAAAGUAGAAAAAGUUCAUCAA